UAUGCUCUCGCAGCCACUGUUACUUGUGCUCAACUGUUAAUUGAGUGCUGUUUAUGGCUGCCACGCAGAGAACGCUACACCGGUUCAACCCGAGCAUUUAAUCUGUUAUUUAACAUGGAGCAGAGCAGACGUACGUGUCGCACAUUAUCAGAGUAAAAAAAGAAGCGCGUUCAUAAAUUUAUUAAAAUACUGUGUGUGUGUAUGUGAGUGAGUGCCUCAUAGUGUAUUGGAUCACAUAACAACUAAAGUCACGGUGCAAAUAAUAGUCAUUUGUUAGAUAGAACAAACAAAACUUUACAAAAUUUGAAUACAUCGGGUGUGCGUUGCCCAAGUAUUUUCCUGUGACAAAGUCGAGAGCAAUACCAGCUUAAAUGUAAAGCGAUUACAAUUGCACGCGCAAAAGCAACAACAAGUGGAAAUACAACUACAACAUCAGCAGCAGCAGCAGCAACAACAAGAGACAGUCACAGAGAGAUAGCAACAAAUGAAAACGGGAAGUGUGUUUGGCGGACAAUUUACAACCACAAUUUAUACCACAACAAUAAAAACCACUGGGAUUAUCUAAUAAACCAAUAAAAAGCGUCUCAAUAUAACGAGAUUAAUAUAGAAAGGCAGUGCCUCAGCAGCGAGCAACAAAUAUUAAAUUUAAACAAUUUUCGUGUGCAGCCAGCCAGCCUGCCUGUCAAGUGUUCUUUCGUGUUCGUGUGUUUUGGGUUUGUUUCUGUGUGUGUGUGUGCUCAACAGCAACAGCGGCAGUAGCAGCAACAAAAACAACAACAAUACGGCAACGUCAACAACACGCAAUUGCUGUGAGUGCGACGGAGACAGCAACAGCGUGAGUCAUAAAAGUGAAAUGAAAAUGCGUAUAAAGCGAGAAGCGCCUUGUCUUCUGUUAUGUAUGCCAAUCCCAAAUAACAGAAUUGCAAACCAAAAGGAUUAUCCAAAUAAGCGUUCGCGAGAGAAUUUGGCAUGUGACGAACAGCUGGCGGCGACGUCAACAACAAUGAAUGCAAAUGGCCCCAUUCGGACGCCGCCACUGACGCGCAGCUGCUCCAGUCCAGCGGUCUAUGAUAUCGAAACACAUCCCGCCUCGCCAGUUUUCCCACAUCUAUUGCUGGGCAAUGGCCGCGAUGCCGACGAUCCCAGCAGCGUUGGCGCCAACUGUGUGCUCAAUGUUACCUGCCAAAGUCCCAGCGAGAGUCAUUUAGCUGGCUUGAAGUAUAUGCAAAUACCUGCCAGCGAUACGCCCCAUCAAAAUAUCAAACAGUACUUUCAGGAGGCAUACGACUUUAUAGAAGAUGCACGGAAAACAGGUUCCCGAGUCUUGCUGCAUUGCCAUGCGGGCAUCUCUCGAAGCGCCACCAUCGCCAUUGCCUAUGUGAUGCGCUACAAGUCUCUAUCGCUGCUGGAGGCUUACAAGCUGGUGAAAGUGGCCCGACCCAUUAUCUCGCCCAAUCUGAACUUCAUGGGCCAGCUGCUGGAACUGGAACAGAGUCUACGCAAGAGCGGCGCCUUAGCCCCACUCUCACCGGCUGUGGUCAAUCAACAACAGCAGCAGCAACAACAACAACAUGCAUCUUCAACUAGUCAGUUACUGGAGCUGCCAGAACAAGAGGCUGCGGAAGAGCAGCUGGAAGGCGCCAACUAUCGCCACAGCAGCAGCAGCGUAAAAUGCAGGAAAAGCAAAUCUGAUAGCGAAGCCAUGGACGAGGAUGUCUUUGAUGACUUUGAUGAAGUGGACAGCGGCGCUGGCAGCAGCAACUGCUCCUCGCGUCUCACAUCGCCCCCAAUAACACCCAGUACGCCCGAUGAUGAGGCGCCGCGCAGCUCAACGUUAGCUAAAGCAAUCGUCGAUUUAGAUUCGCCCGGCUCGAGCAGUAGCAGCAGCCGCAGCAGCGGGAUCUGCUCCUUGCUCUCAAGCUUAUCAUCAAACACCCCUAAACAUAGCUUCUCCCAACUAUCAAUACCGCCUGCCGUGUUGGUGCCCAGCAGACCGCUGGUAUCGUCUAAACGCAGCUCUCCCGCCAAGCUGAGGCUUAAUCUGGAGACAACCUAUGCGUCCAUGCCUCCUUUCUCCUGCAUAUCCACACAUAAUGCCAGUCUACGCAGUCCGCUGCAGCGAGAUCCGCCUGCCACGCCCAGUUGCGAGUUGGCACCUGCUCUGACGCCAACGCUCCAGACAAAUGCGAAUGCGGUCGAAAACAAUAAUAACACUAAUAAUAGUAAUAAUAAUAAUAAUCUGAUGGUAGCCACAUCGAGCGAAUGUGGAGGCCACCGCCCUUGCUGUGAAUAAAAUAAUAAAAUAAAAUGUAAUUGUGUAAAUUUGUAGCCACUAAGCGAUUGCAAAUUUGUAUUUUUAUAUCCUAGGCAGGAUUUAAGAAAACGGUUGAUGCAUCAAAAGCACAUCAAUCUAACAACAAUUUUGCAAAAUUUUCAAAACCAAUUUUUUGAAACGGGGCAACACCUUUAAACAUAAACCAUUAAUUUAUAAGCGUACGUUUGUACUUGCAAUUGAAAUUUCUAUUACAAUAUUGGUCGUUUGUUCAUUGAGUGAUUUGUAUAAAAGAAAGAAUGUUAGGGAGCCUAAGUAAUAUGCAAAGAAACAACCUGACAUUGUCGACCACUAAAUUAAUGUUUUAAAGCCCCUGCUUAGUGUUUAAUUUAGCUUAAUUUUUAUGUUAAAUCGCUUUUUAGUUUUUAAGGAUUUCUUAAUACUAUUGCAACUUAAUUUGA